CAACUGAAGCAGAAAUCGCAGCUCAAAACCCCAAAAGAAAGAAAAAAAAAAUGGAGGAGGAGAGCACGCUGCAUCUCGAACUGCACAAGUUAUCUUGCGUCAACUCCGAUGAAACCAUGGACACCAUUCUCCGAAGCAUCUGGAAGACCCGCAAAACUGGUCUCCGUGGCGCCGAUAAGUCAAAAUUGCGGUCACUCCUUCACCUCUCUUCUCCCUCACAACUCGACCCUGUCUUGGCAUGCCUUCGCUCGCUUAUCCGAAAAUGCGCAUAUCAAAACUUUGCCAGCAAUGAGCUUGUGAAAUUGUUUCCUCCUGAUCUUCCACUAGACUUGCAAAGCAUUCUCCUAUUGUCCCUCCAAAAGAACCAAGAACAGUGGAAGGAAGAUAUAGCCCGAGAACAGGAUUUCUCUCCGAGGACAAGUGUUUCCUAUCAAGUAAGAGCAAAUGUCCCUCCAUCUUUUGCUUCACUGCGGUCUUCUGAGAUGCAGAUGUCACCAUCUCUGUGGCCACGCCAAGAUGAUUCUCUUGCCCAACUGAACCACAAUGAUUUUGGGAUUUCAGCAGCACUCGUUCCCAAUUUAGAUCUCUCUGGCCUGCCUGCAUGCUUCCAAUGUGACACCGCACCUGCUGAAAACUUGGGAAACCUUCCUUGCGUCAAAUCAAUGACUUGGACCAUGGAGAACCGUGGCUCUUCUCCUGCAGAUAGAGUGGCUAUAAUUAACCUCAAGCUGCAUGAUUAUAGCAAGUCCCCGUUAGGCGAAACAGAGGUGAAGUUUCAGCUCACAAAGGACACACUUGAGGCUAUGCUGAGAUCAAUGACAUACAUCAGUGAACAACUAAGUGCAGUUAGGACAUCUUCCGGACCAGCCAACAAGAAGCACAAGCAGUAGUUUCUUUUUUUUUUUUAGUGAUUAGUACUGUAGGUCAUAAGUCACAUUAUACCUAACAAUAGUAAGGAUAAUAUAUACUAAUGUAUCAUCCUUUUAGAUAGAGCAACAAUUAAGAAGGUGAAAAAAGUAGUAGCUAAUGAUCUAUAUAUGUUGUAAUGGCGCAUUUGACUCAAGAAUAUAAUGUUAGGGGUAAACAAAUAAGAGUAAAGUACCAACUCGGUCCCUGUCCAUUUUCCCAAAUGACAACGCGAUCCUUAACCAAAAAUACGAUCCAUUUCGGUCCCUAACCUUGUGCUCCGUCUGUCAACGCGGUCCUUCUGUCACUUUCACGGCUUAAACUUGACGGAAAUUGCUGACGUGUGUAGGCAAGUGGAUGACAUGGAUGACUUGGGUGGUUACGUGGAAGAUGGAAGCCCACGUGGCUAGGUGAAAUGGACAGGGGCCUAUCUGUCCUCGUCCACAACACACAAACGCCGUUGUUUUGAGGUUUCCAGGCGUCUUUAUUAGACGAGUCUGGUCGUCUCUCUCCCUUGUUUCGUGUAUAGAACUCAGAUCACCAUGAGCAAUAGCAGAGCAUGGGAGUGGAAGAGAUACGUCAAAUGAUGCGGAUAGGAGUAUUUCUGUGAGCUCCGUUGGCAGUGUUGGAGCGAGGAAGAAGAAAAGAUUCGUUGCACCAAAAUGCAAUUGUGGGAUUCAUGCAAUUCUAUUCAUGUCGUCAACAUAGUCAAACCUUAAUAGGCUAUUCUUUGGAUGCCCAUAUUUCAAGACUGCAGAAUCUCAUUGCAAAUAUUUUCUAUGGCUGGAUGAAUAUGUUUCACUGUUUGAAGAGGAGCAAAUAAAUGAUCAUAGUCUUCAUGGUCGGAAUCCAAAGCAAAAUCAUUUGUUGGAUGCAGCUGUUUCGAUGGAGGAGAAAGUAACUAAGCUAGAGGACAGAAUUUCUGGCUUAGAGUUGCAGAUGAAAAAUUCUAGGCAUGUUAAGUGUAUUAGGGGUUUUCGUUAUCCAUUGAUGGCUCUUGUGUUUGUCUUUAGAGUUGUAUUUGCAAAUUAUCUCCGAUAAAUUGGAUAGCAGAUAGUAGGUCUAUGAUGUUUUUGUUUUGGAAGUGCCUGUUGUUGAAAUAGUUGUAUCACCUAAUAGUGUAAAUUUGAUUUUAUUAAAUGGAAUAGUUGUGUUGGUUGUUUGGAAAA